GGCUCGGGGCCAGCAUCCCAGCCCCCCUCGCCGCCGCCGCGCCGCGCUCCAGCCAGGGAAAACAACUGCUCACUUCUCCCUGAGUCCGCCCCGCGCGCUCCCUGCUUCCCGGCGGCCGCGGGAGCCCAGCCCGGCCGGGGGAGGCGCGGAGCGGGCCGGCCGCCCGGCCUUCCUCUCCCCUCGCUCCUCCUCUCCGCCUCAACUUGCUCCGGCCUCCUCGCUCCGGCCUCAGGUUGGGGCCUCCGCAGGCCCUCGGCCCCGGCUCGUGGCUGGGCUCCUUCCAGGGGCGGUGGAAGUUUCUGGGCUCCCCGCAGUCCAGCCUCCAUCUCUUUGCCUCUCACUGGGCCCGCGCCCGCGCCUGCUGUCCCCUCCCCGCGCGCUUCCUCCCAUCUUCUCCCUCGCUGCCCUCUCUACUCCUCUCCCGGGGCUCCCGGCUUGCUGUUCCCCUCGGGCGCCGGGACCAUCGCCCCUGCCCGGGCGCGCCCCCCGGGUCCUGCGGCCCCGGAUGCCCGGGCCCCGUGGGGCUGCUGGCGGCCUGGCCCCUGAGAUGCGCGGGGCGGGGGCGGCGGGGCUGCUGGCGCUGCUGCUGCUGCUGCUGGGCCCGGGCGGCGGGGCCGAGGGGGGGCCGGCGGGCGAGAGGGGCGCUGGCGGGGGCGGGGCGCUGGCUCGCGAGCGCUUCAAGGUGGUCUUUGCGCCGGUGAUCUGCAAGCGGACCUGUCUCAAGGGCCAGUGUCGGGACAGUUGUCAGCAGGGCUCCAACAUGACGCUCAUCGGAGAGAACGGCCACAGCACCGAUACGCUCACGGGCUCCGGCUUCCGCGUGGUGGUGUGCCCUCUGCCCUGCAUGAACGGCGGCCAGUGCUCCUCCCGAAACCAGUGCCUGUGUCCCCCGGACUUCACCGGUCGCUUCUGCCAGGUGCCCGCUGGAGGAACUGGCGGGGGCGCUGGCGGCUCAGGCCCUGGGCUUGGUCGGGCUGGGGCCCUGUCCACAGGCGCGCUGCCUCCCCUGGCUCCGGAAGGCGAGUCUGUGGCCAGCAAGCACGCCAUCUACGCGGUCCAGGUGAUCGCCGAUCCGCCGGGGCCGGGUGAGGGGCCCCCUGCCCAGCAUGCAGCCUUCCUGGUGCCCCUCGGGCCAGGACAGAUCUCAGCGGAAGUGCAGGCCCCACCCCCUGUGGUGAACGUGCGCGUCCACCACCCGCCCGAGGCCUCCGUCCAAGUGCACCGCAUCGAAGGGCCCAACGCCGAGGGCCCGGCCCCCUCCCAGCACCUGCUGCCGCACCCCAAGCCCCCGCAUCCUCGGCCACCCACUCAGAAGCCCCUGGGCCGCUGCUUCCAGGACACGCUGCCCAAGCAGCCCUGUGGCAGCAAUCCCCUCCCCGGCCUCACCAAGCAGGAAGACUGCUGUGGAAGCAUCGGCACAGCCUGGGGCCAGAGCAAGUGCCACAAGUGCCCCCAGCUGCAGUACACAGGGGUGCAGAAGCCAGGGCCUGUACGUGGGGAGGUGGGCGCUGACUGCCCCCAGGGUUACAAGAGGCUCAACAGCACACACUGCCAGGACAUCAAUGAGUGCGCGAUGCCAGGCAUGUGUCGCCAUGGUGACUGCCUCAACAACCCUGGCUCCUAUCGCUGUGUCUGCCCACCUGGCCAUAGCUUGGGCCCCUCCCGCACACAGUGCAUUGCGGACAAGCCGGAGGAGAAGAGCCUAUGUUUCCGCCUGGUGAGCCCUGAGCACCAGUGCCAGCACCCGCUGACCACGCGCCUCACCCGCCAACUCUGCUGCUGCAGUGUCGGCAAGGCCUGGGGCACCAGGUGCCAGCGCUGCCCAGCUGAUGGCACUGCUGCCUUCAAGGAGAUCUGUCCAGCUGGGAAGGGGUACCACAUCCUCACCUCCCACCAGACGCUCACCAUUCAGGGUGAAAGUGACUUUUCCCUUUUCCUGCACCCUGAUGGGCCACCCAAGCCCCAGCAGCUCCCUGAGAGCCCCAGCCGGGCACCACCACCUGAGGACACAGAGGAAGAGAGAGGGGUGAGCACAGACUCACCAGUGAUCGAAGAGCAGUCCGCGCAGCAGAGCCACCCGACUGUCACCACAUCUCCUGCCCGGCCCUACCCUGAGCUGAUCUCCCGGCCCUCACCGCCCUGGUUCCUGCCCGACUUGCCCCCGUCCCGAAGUGCGGUAGAGAUCGCCCCUACUCAGGUCACAGAGACGGACGAGUGCCGACUGAACCAGAACAUCUGUGGCCACGGGGAGUGCGUCCCGGGACCCUCAGACUAUUCCUGCCAUUGUAACCCGGGCUACCGGUCGCAUCCGCAGCACCGCUACUGCGUGGACGUGAACGAGUGCGAGGCGGAGCCGUGCGGCGCCGGGAGGGGCAUCUGCAUGAACACCGGCGGCUCCUACAACUGCCACUGCAACCGCGGCUACCGCCUGCACGUCGGCGCCGGGGGGCGCUCGUGCGUAGACCUGAACGAGUGCGCCAAGCCCCACCUGUGCGGCGACGGCGGCUUCUGCAUCAACUUUCCCGGUCACUACAAGUGCAACUGCUACUCCGGCUACCGGCUCAAAACCUCUCGACCGCCCGUGUGCGAAGACAUCGACGAGUGCCGAGACCCUAGCUCCUGCCCGGAUGGCAAAUGCGAGAACAAACCUGGGAGCUUCAAGUGCAUUGCCUGUCUGCCCGGCUACCGCAGCCAGGGGGGCGGGGCCUGCCGCGACGUGAACGAGUGCGCCGAGGGCAGCCCCUGCUCUCCCGGCUGGUGCGAGAACCUCCCGGGCUCCUUCCGCUGCACAUGCGCCCAGGGCUAUGCGCCCGCGCCGGACGGCCGCAGUUGCCUGGAUGUGGAUGAGUGUGAGGCUGGGGACGUGUGUGACAACGGCAUCUGCACCAACACGCCAGGCUCCUUCCAGUGUCAGUGCCUCUCUGGCUACCAUCUGUCAAGGGACCGGAGCCACUGUGAGGACAUUGAUGAGUGUGACUUUCCCGCAGCCUGCAUUGGGGGUGAUUGCAUCAACACCAAUGGCUCCUAUCGAUGUCUCUGUCCCCAGGGGCAUCGGCUGGUAGGCGGCCGGAAGUGCCAAGACAUAGAUGAGUGCAGCCAGGACCCGGGUCUGUGCCUUCCCCACGGGGCCUGCGAGAACCUGCAGGGCUCCUACGUUUGCGUCUGCGAUGAGGGCUUCACGCCCACCCAGGACCAGCAUGGCUGUGAGGAGGUGGAGCAGCCCCACCACAAGAAGGAGUGCUACCUUAACUUCGAUGACACCGUGUUCUGCGACAGUGUACUGGCCACCAAUGUCACCCAGCAGGAGUGCUGCUGCUCCCUGGGGGCUGGCUGGGGAGACCACUGCGAGAUCUAUCCCUGCCCAGUCUACAGCUCAGCUGAGUUCCACAGCCUUUGCCCGGACGGGAAGGGCUACACCCAGGACAACAACAUUGUCAACUACGGCAUCCCAACCCACCGUGGUAAGCCCCAACACGGCUCCGCCCACCUGGCAUGCCCUGCUCCGCCCGCCGAGGUUUGGACCGCCCCGAUCCCGCCAGUGCUUGUCAGUGGCGGGUACUGGGACAUCGACGAAUGCAUAUUGUUUGGGGCGGAGAUCUGCAAGGAGGGCAAGUGCGUGAACACGCAGCCCGGCUACGAGUGCUAUUGCAAGCAAGGCUUCUACUACGACGGGAACCUGCUGGAAUGCGUGGACGUGGACGAGUGCUUGGACGAGUCUAAUUGCCGGAACGGAGUGUGUGAGAACACGCGCGGUGGCUACCGCUGCGCCUGCACGCCCCCGGCCGAGUACAGCCCGGCGCAGCGCCAGUGUCUGAGCCCAGAGGAGAUGGACGUGGACGAGUGCCAGGACCCCGCAGCCUGCCGCCCUGGCCGCUGCGUCAACCUGCCGGGCUCCUACCGCUGCGAGUGCCGCCCGCCCUGGGUGCCCGGGCCCUCCGGCCGCGACUGCCAGCUCCCGGAGAGCCCGGCCGAGCGUGCCCCGGAGCGGCGGGACGUGUGCUGGAGCCAGCGCGGAGAGGACGGCAUGUGUGCGGGCCCCCUGGCCGGGCCCGCCCUCACCUUCGACGACUGCUGCUGUCGCCAGGGCCGAGGUUGGGGAGCCCAGUGCCGCCCGUGCCCGCCGCGCGGCGCCGGGUCCCAGUGCCCGACGUCGCAGAGUGAGAGCAAUUCCUUCUGGGACGCGAGUCCCCUGCUGCUGGGAAAGCCCCCGCGAGAAGAGGACAGCUCGGAGGAGGAUUCAGACGAGUGCCGCUGCGUUAGCGGCCGCUGUGUGCCUCGGCCGGGCGGCGCAGUGUGCGAGUGUCCUGGUGGCUUCCAGCUAGACGCCUCCCGCGCGCGCUGCGUCGGUGAGCAGGGCCGAGAUGCGGACAUCGACGAGUGCCGAGAGCUGAACCAGCGCGGGCUACUAUGCAAGAGCGAGCGCUGCGUGAACACGAGCGGUUCCUUCCGCUGCGUCUGCAAAGCUGGCUUCGCGCGCAGCCGCCCGCAUGGAGCUUGCGUGCCCCAGCGCCGCCGCUGACACCACCCUCGGUCUGGACCUCGGCAAUCACCGAGGAGUUUCUGCCCGACACUUGGGGCGAGCUCCGCCUCUCGCUUGUGCCCUGACUCGGGGCUCGGACCCAGGGACCCUUCGGGGCCCGCAGACCCCUUCCCCGAGCCCCACGUUCCAAGGGUGCCCAUACCACCUCCACCCGGUUCAUAGGCAGAUGUUGGGUCUCUCUCUGGCGCUGCCGGCCUUCCUUCCAGAGGGUGUUUCCCAGAAACUGAUAAAUCAGAUCGUGCCUCUUUA